CUAAGUGCCUUGAGGUGCUUUAGGUCUACUACACCACCCAAGUCCGAUUGGGGAUAGAUAGACAGCGAUGGUCAAUGAGAAAGAUAUACGAGACAUAGAGGAGAUACAUGCACGAAGCAGACAGAGAUGCCAAUUGAGAAGGGGAACUCGUGGAGAUGAUUUGAUAUGGUGUAAAAGUUCCACUAAACCCACGUCAGCUCACGGCCUGCAAUGCAACUACACUGAAGGGACAAAGCUGGGUAGAGAAUGUGCGAUGCCUCGAUGACCAGAAGUGUAAUGCUGUUUCAGGUUUGACGCUCAAGUCCUUCAUGUCCAUGCUGAGAAGGAACACAGUAAGAUCUUGGAUCCGAUACAUUAACGGGAAACAACGCAGAUAAUGCUCGUCAGGAGGCCGCCCUUAUUUGUCAGAAAACCGAAGUGAUGUUGAUAAUUGUAC